AUGACACAAUUACGCCGUCCCUUCCUUCAUCUCACAAUCUUCAUUUCACAAAAAGAAUCAGAAAGAUUAUCAAAGAACAAAGAAAGACAUGAAUUAAGUCAACCAACUGAAGGUGGAUCUGCUGGUAGAGAUCCAGUGGCUAGUCAAGAUCCUCAAGUAGUCAUUACAACCUCAUCUGGCAACAAAGUGUAUGAAGAGAUUCGUAUCAAGAGAAGCAAACGACGGUCUCUUAAAACAUUGACAUUUGAAGAAGAAGUAGAAGUCGCAGAUGCCAAUGUAGACACCAGCGACCUAAUCAGCUCCAAUUUGAGACAAACACAAACAGAUCCCAUUGCAGAACCCCCACCUGUUUAUCGACCCAAGAUGGAAGAAAUGCAGCUUCAGACAGAAAGUAACUUGAAAGAGACUUCCGAGCCUGAGAUAGUAGACGUGACUUCGAAAGAAGCCAUUCAGAAAUAA